GAUCCACGUGUUUUAGAAAAACAGGAAUUACAGCAGCCAACGUAUGUUGCUCUCAGUUACAUUAAUAGAUUCAUGACUGAUGCCGCCCGCCGAGAACAGGAGUCCCUGAAGAAGAAGAUUCAGCCAAAGCUCUCACUGACCUUGUCCAGCUCAGUGUCUCGAGGGAAUGUGUCCACUCCUCCUCGCCACAGCAGUGGAAGCCUUACUCCCCCUGUGACCCCGCCCAUCACCCCCUCCUCUUCAUUCCGCAGCAGCACUCCCACUGGCAGUGAGUAUGAUGAAGAGGAGGUGGACUACGAGGAGUCAGACAGCGAUGAGUCCUGGACCACAGAGAGCGCCAUCAGCUCCGAAGCCAUCCUCAGCUCCAUGUGCAUGAAUGGAGGGGAGGAGAAGCCUUUCGCCUGCCCAGUUCCCGGGUGUAAAAAGAGAUACAAGAAUGUGAAUGGCAUAAAGUACCAUGCUAAGAAUGGUCACAGAACGCAGAUUCGUGUCCGCAAACCAUUCAAAUGUCGAUGUGGGAAGAGUUACAAGACAGCUCAGGGCCUGCGGCACCACACAAUCAAUUUCCACCCCCCGGUGUCGGCUGAGAUUAUCAGGAAGAUGCAGCAAUGAUAUGCUGGUUGUAACUGUGCCAAGACAUCCUCACCAGCAGUUGCUGAUUUUGAAAACAGCCACCUUUUUGCAGGGGAAGCACUCAGCAACCCUUUAAAGAAACAGAAUUAAAUGCAUGCUUUAAAUUUUUUCUGUAAUUUUGGAAUGAUGUAUCUUUGUAGAGUUAAUGAUUUUGUACAUUUGCACAUGUAAUCAUCAUACCCAUUUUCAUUACUUGGAUAUAUAAGGUGCUAAAUAAAAAAAGCUCUAGAUUCUUCAGCACAUUUCCCCCAAAACAAAAUAAAAUUGAGGGCAUGUUGCAUAUUGUUUAGUUGUAUUGCAGUGAUAUCGAUUGGGGGGAGGAGGGGCUAGCACUGAGAAUUUUUUUCCAAGAUUGUAAUGUGAUUGAAGUUUUUCAACACAUCGACUCACCUAUGUUCAAAACCAAAAUAAUACCUUCAUUAUUGAACUGGUUACCAUGCCUUACAUAAUGGAGUUAGUAUUUGUGAGUAGAAAGACAUUAGGUAAUGGAAAUAUAAAUAAAAAAGAAUGUUUAACAUAAUAUGCUAAAAAUAUUUUCAUAUUUAAAUAACAUGCAUAAAAGGUGUGCUUUCUGUGUUUUAUAUUAUCUUGCAAAUCCUUUUGCCCUUUAAAAAGCUGAAAAUCUUGCCAUCUGACUUACCAAUCAUUUGUGUUACAAGUGGCGUUUUUGUACAAAACAUUCUAUUCAGUUCACUCAUUAACACAUUUGUUGAGUGCCUGCUGGGUGUAAGGAAUUCAGUUUGUACAUAUUGUUAUUUGAGGACCAAGAUAACAAUUUAGUGAAAUGCUUCUUCCCUGAAAUCUGUUUGGAAACCAGUGUAAAUUUUGUGUGUGUGGAAUUUAGGUGUAGCUUCAUCUUCCGAUGGAGUUUUAAAGCACUUUGUAGUUCUCUAUUGCCAACAAUUUAAUGUUUAUGUGUUGCCAAUUCUUGCAGCCACUGCCCUAACCAACCUGUGGGUUGCAAAUCAGAAUUAAAAUUGUAAGCAUGUUUCAAAGAGGAACAUUUUUGUUACUGCCCUAAUCGCUUCUUUUUCAUGUUCAUUGUGUUUUGAGACUUACUUUAAAAGCACUUUUCCCAUCACAUUGUGAACGUCUGCAUAACCAUUGGAAAUGUCUGUUUAGCUUUAUAAAACAUAUUGCUGAAAUAUGAAAAUGAGCCUUAUUGACAAUUAAGUGCUUCUUGCAGCAGGUGGUCAAAGAAGAGUGACUAAAAUGACCCUAGAGUGACCUACAUCUGGACCAUUCCUGAAGGUUUCCUCACCGACAGUACCAUCAUGCCUUGAGUGUUCUUUUCUCCCAAGUGCUAUUCCUUAAACACGAGUUUACCAAUUGCCUAAUUAUGCAAUAAAAUUGUUUUGAGACAGCUAACUGCCCACAAUACACACUGGUUAAAAAGCAAACUCGAAUUCCUUGUAACUUUCUUCCAUGUUCCCACUUGAUGAGAAAUCUUACAUAUGGCUGGGAAAUGGGGUCCCUCCUCAAUUUUUCAGAUAUUUUGAAAAGAUGACAGUUCUCUUAAACAGAUGGGUUAGCUUCUAUAUUCACAACUUGGAAUCCCUCAUACUGAGAGAUUUUAAGGUAUUUAUAAAGACACCGCCCAUUAAAAAUCUCAGCUCUCUGAAAAGUGGUCUUGGUCCUGAAUAUACAGUGUUAUCUUAGAUGUUUAAAAGGGUAAUCCAGACAUGAGAAUCAACUAGUUGGUGCAUAAGUUGGCUAUUUCAUAUCUACCUACAGUUGACCAAAAAAUUUUAAGCCAGCAAUUAUUGUUUAGCUUUGCUCCUUCUAGUGCAGGAAAACGCAGGCUGGAUCAGUAGUUCAAUAGCUAAACAGUCAUAAAAUAGUCAUUGUGCAUGUUAAAUUUCUUUCAAUGACAAAACAAAUUCCAAUUUCUACUUACUUAUUCAUUGUGACAGUAUUACUAAACAGGUAAGGAUGGGAAUAUUUUGUUAUACCGUGUAUAGUGAAUGUAUUGUACCGUGUCUGUGAAAACUGUGCUUUAAAUUAUAUUUUCAUAUGUUUUGUUGGGGACAGAACACAUUAAGUUUGAAAGCGACAGAGGUUUUACAACUGAGGGCAACUUAAUCAAAAUUCCUGUCAGGAAAAGCUGCUUAUAAAUGUAAAUGAAAUCACAUUUAAAAUAAACUGUCUCUGACCCAAAAUAAAUCUGGCUCUUU